CAAAAUUUGCCAAAAAUGGCCACGUCACUAAAUUCGGCCCCUCCGACGGUCCAGAAUCCGCCACGUCACCACCUCCCCCAGAAAUCCUCCGCCAAUCCACGGUGCUCGAUUAAUCACCGCACAACGGGCCAGCUCUCAUCCGCGAAAUCCCCGAACUGCCCCUACCAUCGCCCCCUUUAUCAGGCGUUCGAGCCGAUCCAUUUCGGUCAUUUCACCUUUCUCCUUCCUCGCAGGCUCUUCCUCGAAAAAGCCCACCAAUCCGUCGCCCUCUUUCGUCUUCUUCGUCUUCAGCUCUCCUUCUCCCUGCGCGCAGCAAUGGCGACCGGAAUCUUGAAGCGCGCGAUCGCGAUCUCGAGGGGGCCCAUGCCGUCGCCGGCGGCGGCGGCGGCGGUGUCGUCGGCGGCGGCGCGCCUCCUCCUCGCCCGGUGCCACGCGAGCGAGGCCGAGGCGCAGCAGGUCGAGCCCAAGGCCAAGCCCACCACCAGCCUCAAGACCUUCUCGAUCUACCGGUGGACCCCGGACAGCCCCUCGAAGCCGAAGCUCAAGGACUACCAGAUCGACCUCAAGGAGUGCGGGCCCAUGGUGCUCGACGCCCUCAUCAAGAUCAAGAACGAGAUCGAUCCUUCCCUCACCUUCCGCCGCUCCUGCCGCGAGGGCAUCUGCGGCUCCUGCGCCAUGAACAUCGACGGCUGCAACGGCCUCGCCUGCCUCACCAAGAUCCCCGAUGGGGCCGACGCCUCGACCAUCACCCCGCUGCCGCACAUGUUCGUCAUCAAGGACCUCGUCGUCGACAUGACCAACUUCUACAACCAGUACAAGAGCAUCGAGCCGUGGCUGAAGCGGAAGAACCCGCCAUCCGAGCCCGGGAAGGAGAUCCUGCAGAGCAAGAAGGACCGGGCGAAGCUGGACGGGAUGUACGAGUGCAUAUUGUGCGCCUGCUGCAGCACCUCUUGCCCCAGUUACUGGUGGAACCCUGAGUCGUACUUGGGACCGGCUGCUUUGCUUCACGCCAACAGGUGGAUCAUGGACAGCAGAGAUGAAUUUACGAAGGAGCGGCUUGAUGCGAUUAAUGAUGAAUUUAAGCUCUACCGUUGCCAUACUAUAUUGAAUUGUGCUCGAGCCUGCCCCAAGGGAUUGAACCCAGGAAAACAGAUUAUAAAUAUCAAGCAGCUGGAGCUUGCCAAGUAGCCUAUGAACCUAUGAUUCAGAACCGUUAACAUGUUUUGGUGGCCAGCGAUAUGGGCAGAUAUUUUUUUUUUCCAAGCUUUGUGAACCUUUUGUUAUUUAGGCAAUAAAUUGUGCGCUCGGUAUGUUCCAUCUGUAUCCCUAUUUGUUUUAACUCAAAUUGAUGCACAUAUUUUGGCUCGGUCAAGUAAUUGUUUGGUAGACUUUUAAACCAGACUAGAUUAGUUUGUCCGGAGCCUGUAUGUUUUGAUUGUGUCAAAACAUAAGCAAAUUUGGGAAGGAGCAUGGAUUUUUUUCUGAGUA